AUCACGACUUCCGCUCCGGCUGCGAUGCACUUCAUCCAUCUUGAAUCGCUGCAAGUCUCCAUGUCGUAUCUGUCGGAUCCUACGCACAUAUAUACUCAUAACCCCUCACGCAGAACCCCAUGACGGAAAAUGUUCGGAUGGUCAUUACAGCUGCUCUGACGAUCUCCGCACACGUUGCGCUAUUGUUGACGUCCAGUAUCGUCAAAGGUUGGGUCAAAAUCGCUCGUUUGGUAUUGACUUUGAUGAGGGAAAGCGACGGGCUGGGCGAAAGCUCGAUGACGGUUUAUUGGCCAAGUAGCUCGGAAGACAUGGCAGGGGACCGGAACAUUUCGAUCGGAAUGCAGAUGGAACUUGAACGGAACCGACCACGAAAAAGAAGUCAUGACGCUUUUUGCAAAACGAUAAGUGGAUCGUCGUACUGUUCGAACGCUUAUAACGCGGCCUGCUUUAAGCGUUCUUCCUCAUCGGACCGCAAAUGUGCCUCUUGGACGUUAGUGAUUCUUAGAAACGGUGGAUCUCCGUGCUUCCACGUACGUGAGAUUUGCGAAUUCAUGGAAAGGCAGCCAGUUUCCCAAUACCAAGCAUACUCAAACCACUCACCUCAGCGUAUCUUGAGGCGUUCGGCAGCGUCCUGAUCGGGAAAACGGAUUGGGAGUUGGUUUGUGCGUCGAGAACAAGCU